ACCACCUUCCAGAAGCAAAGACAGCUGAAAACUGGGGACAAAUCUGACUGAACCGAAUCAUUAAACAAAACACAGCCAUCUGCGCCUGAUUACCUUCUUCAAGUACACUAAGCAAAACCCAAAUUCCAACGCCCCAGCCUCAUAUAUCUGUCCCCAUCUCAACACCCCACGUACUAACGCUGAAUUCCAGUUACAUAACACCUGAUAAGCAAAUCCUGUUAUAGCAAGAAAUAUAUAAGGGGAUUCUUGUGCCCAUAUGGGAUCUUUAUUCAGUUCAAACAAGAGCAAGGAAGAAAUAGAAAUGGCUCUUUCCAAAGUUAAACAAAUUGUUUCCUCACAUCCUGUUGUUGUCUUCAGUAAAACAUUCUGCGGAUAUUGCAACAGGGUGAAGCAGUUGCUUGACCAGCUAGGUGCAACUCAUACAGUUGUUGAACUUGAUGAGGAAACUGAUGGAACCGAAAUGCAGUCAGCUCUAGCCGUGUGGACCGGCCAAAGGACAGUGCCCAAUGUGUUCAUUGCUGGCAAACACAUUGGUGGUUGUGACACUGUGACAGGAAAGCAUGAGAUGGGUGAACUUGUUCCACUGCUCAAUGAGGCUGGUGCUAUCCCAAAGAAGUCUGCUCAGCUUCAGAUUUAAAAGAAAUAUGAAGGGGAGAUGAAGCUUAUGCAUGAGAAAUUAGUUCUCUGUCUCUGAAUUCUGAUGUAAAAUAAGUCCAAGAUGUAUGUGGGGAAUAAGUUUGAUUACUACAGAUUUUCUAGUCUGUAACUAGUAUCAAACCACUUUUUAUAUGCUCUUGCAUUAUAUUCUAUGUGU